UUAUUUUCUUGUGUUAUGUGUCACUUCCUUUACGCAGGGGCGCUUCCGUAAUGCCACAGGCUUUUGUCACACUCGGGGUUCCGUCUUGUCCAGGCCUGCUGCUGGACACUAGUCUCCGCAUGUUCUCCUCAUGCUGUGGAUAUAUAUCGAUAUAGGGUAAAAGGCGUGUGUGUGUGUGUGUGUGUGUGCGUGUGUGGUCACCACACAUCAGCGCAGGAACACAACAUGAUGUCAGGACCAUAGCAGCUGCCAUCUAACCGUCCAGCUGUGUGGUUGUGAGAGGAGAAGCUCCUCCCACUGCGAGGACAUGUUUGAAGUCAAGCCGCGGGCGGUGGAGAAGAAGGAGUCAAGCACGGAGACAGAUGAGGGUCUCGGCAGCAGCAGUGGGAGACGUUACGCCUCCAGCUCCGCGGGUUCUGGCUCGGUCGGCUCCAUGUACCUGUCAGACAGUCAGGACUGGGUGGUUUCGCCCAGCUGCUCUCCAGACGAAGGCCCCGCCCCCAACAACAGCGCCAUCUCGCCCCUGCUGGCAGAGGAGACCUUCCGCUACAUGACGUACCUUUCUUUGGAGUCCUCCUCUUAUUCCCACCCCGGCUCUCAGAGCCUCUCCAAAGUCCUCAGUUCUGACCAUGUGGAGCAGAUGACAAAGACGUACAAUGACAUUGAAGUGGUGUCGCACCUUCUGGCUGAGCGGGACAGAGACUUGGAGCUGGCGGCUCGGAUCGGUCAGUCGCUGCUGCAGAGAAACCACCUGCUACAGGAGCGCAACGAAGCCGUGGAGGAGCAGCUCAGUCAGGCUCUCGACCAGGUUCAUCAGCUGCAGCAUGAGCUCAGUAAGAAGGACGAGUUACUGCGGAUGGUGGCCAGCGCCACGGAGGAGAGCGAGACCGACUCCAGCGUGUCCACGCCCCUGCAGCAGCGCAAGACGCCGGGGUGCGGCGCCACCAUGACUCCUGCCGUCGCUCUCAGCCAGCUGGAGUCGCUGCAGAGCAAACUGCAGGAGCUGGAGGACGAGAACCAGACGCUGAGGUCUGAGGCCUGUCAGCUCAAGAGAGACACCAUCACGUACGAGGAGAAGGAGCAGCAGCUCGUCAGCGACUGUGUCAAAGAGCUGCGUGAGUCCAACAGUCAGAUGAUUUCUCUGACAGACGAGUUGUCUCAGAAGAACGAGGAGCUGCACAGACACCAGGAGGAAAUCGCUCAGCUGCUCUCACAGAUCGUCGAGCUGCAGCACAGAGUCAAAGAGUUGGCUUUAGAGAAAGAGGAGCUGAGGAUUCACCUGCAGGCGUCUAAAGAUGCUCAAAGACAACUCACCGCUGAGCUGGACGAGCUGGCAGAGAGAAACAUGGAGUGUGUGGAGAUGCUGCACGAGUCUCAGGAGGAGAUUAAAGAGCUCCGCAGUAAAAACACUCCCUCUGCUGGACUGAGACGACACCUGUCCUACGGCCUCUACCCCAUGGAUUCUCUGGCAGCAGAGAUCGAGGGAACCAUGAGGAGAGAACUGAGUGUAGAAGAAGAAACAGCCUUUCAGGACCAAAGAAUAUCCCAGAAGAAAGUCUUCCAAACAGUCCGCUCCAUCAACGCCUCGUCCUCACGGGCGGGUUCUGCCACGCCUCCUAUCCCCGGCUCAGGUCAGAGCUCUUUAGUGAUGACGUCACAGCCCUUCCUGUCCACUCAGAGGGACGAGGAGAGGAUGGGUCAGCCCGGCUGUCCCGGUGGAAACGACCUGAACAGAGCUCUUCACCACCUGUCACUGCGGCGGCAGAACUUCCUCUCCGAGCGACAGUUCUUCCAAGCAGAGCGAGAGAAGAAGCUGCAGACUCUGGCAGGAGGAGCGGAGGUGGAGGGAGGAGGCAGCAGCUGCUGCAGCUCACCCAUGGGCAGUGUCUUCUCCUCCUUCUCUAACCUGUCGGAGCUCUCCAUCACCUCCAGCGCUUUUAGGACCUUCCUCCCUGAGAAGCUUCAGAUCGUCAAACCCAUGGAAGGCUCACUGACGCUCCAUCACUGGCAGCAGCUCGCCAAACCACACCUGGCCACCAUCCUGGACCCACACCCAGGCGUGGUGACGAAGGGUUUCCGCCCGCUGACUCAGGACGUCACGUACCGCCUCUCUGACAUGGAGGAGGACGAGGAGGGCGAGGAGCACGGAUGCAGCGGCAUGCUGGAGAAGGGAGCAGCGGAACGCGGCAAGGAAGAGGAGGAUGAAGAAGAGGAGGAAGGCGGGAUCACUUUCAAAGUGCACUACACAUCCACACCAGAGGAAAGGAAGGACAGGAAGCACUCGGUGUCUCCUCUCGUGACAUCACCCUCCGUGUCACCUGCACUUCCUGUCACUGUGACGUCCAGCCAGUCGUGUCUGACCAUUCCAAGAACCUCUGCAACAGUGGUCCAAGCACAGAGUCACAUGACCUCAGUGACGACAACAGCCUCGUCCUCUGUCCCAAAUCCAGGAAAGUGUCACAGCUCCACCUCCUCCACCUACACCUUCACCACCUGCCGCAUCCUGCACCCCAGUGACAUCACACAGGUCACCGCGAGUUCUCAGUCGUCUCUCCUCGUGCACACUCCCAGUUCCAUGAGGACGGGGCCCAGCACGCCCGUCACUCCCUGCAGACUCAGUCUGGGCGACUCCUUCCCUCCUCGUCGCCCCGCGGCUCCCACCAGCAGCCUGGCUAAGCUGGUGCUGGAGAGAGGCAUAUCUGCACAGGUGUCCACCGACACUCCGCCUCCAUCUCCCAAAACCACGUCCAGACAGCCGCUCUUCCGCUUCCUUCCGAACACGCCCCCAAACUCACCCUCCCACUCUCCCGCGCCCUCUCCUGUCCCCGCCGAGUCACGGCAGCACCCGGCCGACAAUUUCCUGGCGUCGCGGCCUGCGGAGCUUUUCCUCCAGGACGUUUACGGCUUAAAUCUGGGCCGCGCCCCUCACCCCGACCUUCCGAGCCCCUCCCAGGAAACGGCGUCCCGGCCCGAGCUGGUGAGCAGCGUGGGCCUGGUGGAGAGGCUGCGGCGGCUCGGCUUCGCGAAGGUUCUUCACGCUUCAGAGCCGCGGCAGGAUUCUGCCACGUUUGUGUCGGCGGGUGGAGGGAGUCUGUUAGACGGACUGAGACGCAACCAGAGUCUGCCCGCCAUGAUCGGGGCCCGCGCCGGGAAAUCAGCUGCUAAAGCUAACCCUCGUCAUCUUCAUCCUCCUCCUCCUCCUCACCCCACCUCCCUGGCGCUGCCUCCACCUGCGUGGGGAAACCUUAAAGAGCGGCGGCGACACUUCGCCUCAGUCUCUCAUGUUCCAUCGAGUUCAACCAAGCACUGAAGAAGAGGAGGAGGAGGAGGAAGACAGUCCUCAUUUCUCCUCCUUCUCUGCCUUUGAAGAGACAGAGACUCUGAUUUAACCAAUCCCUGCUUUUAGUGACUGAAUUUUAAAGCACAAUUGAGCUAAAGUGACUGUUUUAGUGACUCCGCGGUGUGUGUGUGUGCUCAUGUUAAGGCCUUAGCUCCCUCCUGCACACGUUUAUAACCAUCUCUCUGUAGUUCUCCUGUCAGGCUCUGGAUGUUCAGGUUCAGGUUCAGGUUCAGUAGAGAAGCAACAUGGAUGUGGUUCAAGGUGUUUGAGGAAGUGUUAAAGAGAGGAAGAGGAGGAGCAGCGGAGCAGAGCGAUGAAGAGAAAGGGUUUCUGUAUUUUGUUUGUUUAUGAAAGAAGAAGAAGAAAAGAAGGGAGGAAAGAAUGAGCAUCCAGAGUCUUAAAGUGAUGGUACAGGUUUUUAAAGUGUGGUUUGAACAAGUUCUGGAUCAUAGUUGGCACUUUAGACUAACUUUUGUACAAGAAACUGAAGUUUGUAAACCACUCACUCUCCCACACCAAACCCCACUGCUGCCUCGUGUGGUCACUUUGGGUCACUGAGGUCAAUCUGAACAAACAAGUUCAUACCCCAAAGUGACAAAAUAAGACAUUUGAAGUGAGUGAUGGAGGCAGCAGUGGAUCAACAACUCCUGUGUGUGUGUGUGUGUGUGUGAUGUUAAAUCGACAGUUUCCUCUCUGGGCUUUGGUGUGGGAGAGUGAGUGCUUUACAAACUUGAGUUUCCUGUUGAAAAAGUCUGUCUGACAGUGAGAUAAAGACGUGAACAUUAGUGUUUAUGUCCAGACUUCAGUGCAGCUCUGACAGUGGUGUUCUGUAAUAAACCGUGUGAGUCGACCCCGCGACACGUGAGGUCAUUUCCUGCCAGGCUCAGUCUGACCACACAGCAAACAUCAGGCCACUUUUAACUGUUGUGUGUCUGGUGUUUCCUGCUGCCUGCAUGACCUCACCUACAGGUCCCAGCAUGCACCUGUCGGCAGAAGGAUGGGGUGAGAACCAGACAAAAACAAAAGCGUGAUCUGCCUUUUCCUUCCGGAGCCAGUGUUAAUAAUUUUUAAUGGUAUGAGGCCUUAUGUUUGAAGCCAGCACUGUUCUAUGUGUGUGUGUGUGUGUGUGUGUGUGUGUGUGUUUGUGCACACUCAGUAGGUGGAAGUGGUUUUAUUUUGAAGGAUCACUGCACGGUGAACAAGGGGGGGGGGGGGGGGGAUUCAUUAAUCUCAGGCCUGUGGGGCGUUCAGGUUCACUCUGUUUUGAGGGGUUAAAAACAUUGACACAUGAUUAUUCUUCACACAAUCACAGGAUUUGUUUAAAGGGUUAGUUUGGGUUAUUUUUUUUAAAGUGUGGUCGUAUGAGGUACUGAGACACCUCUUAAGAACAUGUUCACGUCUUUAUCUCACUGUUAGACGGACUUUUCCAACAGGAAACUCAAGUUUGUAAACCACUCACUCUCCCACACCAAAGCCCAUAGAGAAAAUCAGUGAUUUUAACAUCACACACACACAGGAGCCGUUGAUCCACUGCUGCCUCCAUCACUAAGUUCUAAUGUCUUAUUUUGUCAAAUUCAGCCUUUACAUUUUUUUGUUCAGAUUCACUUCAGUAACACAAAGUCACGAGGCAGCAGUGGCUCAACAACUCCUGUGUGUGUGAUGUUAAAAUCAGUGAUUUUCUCUAUGGGCUUUGGUGUGGGAGAGUGAGUGGUUUACAAACUUCAGUUUCCUGUUGUUAAAGUCUGUCUCACAGUGAGAUAAAGACAUGAAACAUGUUCUUAAGACUUAAACUGAUGUAGAUUUUAUUCAUUGUAUCUUUUGUUAAUUGGCUUAAAUCUUUCUUCUUUGUCUCAGGCUGGUUCUCCGUAUUAAAAAAAAAAAACCUUAAUUGUCCCUUUAAAAUGUGGACGUAUGUGGAGGACAUGAUGUCCAGGAGCCAGGAAGUUCAGAGCCAAACAUUCUUCAGUCUCAGUUUUUGCACUUUGAAUUUAUUUCACCUUUAUUUUGAAAAUCACUAUGUGACGUUUUAUAGAUUCUAACAUAAUCAGCAUAACGGCUGCAUGUAAGCUAACAUUUCACCAUGACAUUAUAAUAUAUGUAGCAUUGCUCCUUUGUUUUAUUAUUAUUUAGCUUUUAUAAGGCGACGCCCACAGAAAGGAAAAACAAGUCCAGUUUUAUUUUUGAACAGUGAGAGACAGAGGUUCAGGUUCAUGUCGUGUGUGUGUUGUCCUGGCUCAUGUCACAGUCUGCUCUGAAACUAGAACACGUGGCUCCUUCUGUUUUUAUAAAUAAAACUCUGCAAAACAAAACCUCGUGCUUUCACGUCAAAGAUCACGGUUUGGUUUUGUGUAAAGAUUCA